CAGGUGUUCCAAUCCCCUCCAUAUCAUGUGAUUCAGGUGUUCCAAUCCCCUCCAUAUCAUGUGAUUCAGGUGCUCCAAUCCCCUCCCAAUCAUGUGAUUCAGGUGUUCCAAUCCCCUCCAUAUCAUGUGAUUCAGGUGUUCCAAUCCCCUCCAAAUCAUUGGAUUCAGGUGUUCCAAUCCCCUCUAUAUCAUGGGGUUCAGGUGCUCCAAUCCCCUCCCAAUCAUGUGAUUCAGGUGUUCCAAUCCCCUCCAUAUCAUGUGAUUCAGGUGUUCCAA